AUGAGAUUGAUCACGUUACUUGCAAUGGUGGCAUUCGCCAUCACUGUCGCGGCGACGAAUCUACAGGCUCUGGCGGAUGUUAUGCCUCCAUGUGCACUCAAGUGCAUGCUUUCGUCUGUUCAAGAAUCGGGUUGUCCACCAACUAAUCAGACAUGUAUCUGUACAAACCCGGUUUUAACAAGCACUAUGGAGGUCUGCGUGUCAGCUAAUUGUACCAUCAAGGAAUCUCUGAGUAAGAAAUUUCAAGAUUUUGGGUCUCUCGAGGGAUGCUGGGAGAAUGGCUUCGAGAUUGCCCUACUACGGCAGCCAGUUGGGGUGGGACGAUUUUGUGAUGACCCUGGCGGUGGUGCUGAUGAUUCCCCUUUCGGCGUUAUCCGUGGUCUUGGAACGAAUCAGAUCUACUAUUUCUCAGAGAUAUUAUAUAUUGCCAUACUCCCGCUCACGAAAAUCUCCAUUCUACUGUUUUACCUGAGGAUCUUCCCCAAAAGACGGUUCCGCAUUGCGACAUACAUCACCAUUGCAUACAACGUUGGCUAUCUCAUAACAUUCUUGCUACUCAGUACUUUACAGUGCACUCCAGUCGACGGAGCGUGGCUUCGUUGGGAUGGAUCCCAGGGAUUCAAAUGCAACAAUGAGAAUGCACAAGGCUGGGCAGCUGCCAUUUUUAACAUGGUUGGCGAUAUCGUUACCCUGAUCCUGCCCAUUUCAGAGCUUUGGGUCUUAAAUCUGUCCCUUCGGAAGAAGCUCAGUGUGAUGGCCAUGUUCCUUCUGGGUAUAUUCGUUACUUUGGUCAGUAUCCUCCGUUUGCGUUCCCUUAUUCAAUUUUCAAAUGCCCAGAAUAUCACAUGGGACUACGUUGACGUGGGUUAUUGGAGUACGAUUGAGGUAGACGUGGGUAUUAUCUGUGCUUGUCUGCCAGCAAUCCGGUCUCUACUGCGCUCCUGCUUCCCUGCCAUGUUCGGAGACACAAGACAGGAUACCUCAUCCAGAUUCUCCACGUCUCGUUCGAAAUCGACCGGGUCUCGACUCGAUGAAGUCACUUGGUCAAAGCCUGGAAACGAAUACAAUAAAAUGCCGCUCGUGGAUAUGAACAAUUCAAGUCAAGUUCGCUUGGCCAAUGGAUGGUGA